AUGAGCAUUCAAGCCGCAAAUCUCUGGAAAUACUUCCACGAUGAUGAAAUCGAACGGUUUCGGAAACUGCUGGCAAAUGCCGUCCACAAUCCUCAAUACUCGGCGAAAGGGCAUGGUGGAGGCAUAAAUCAUGGACUCGGGAUUGUCGCAGGCAGUCCAGGCACAUAUUCAACCUCUCCACGGGUGGCAAAGGGAAGGAAGGUUUCUGGACAGGCUGGGGCCAUUGGAGGAAGAGGCGCAAGCCAUGCUGUCUCGAGGCUUGACGUGAAUUCAAGGGAUCAUGCGGGAGUACCAUUGCUGGGCAGGAUAGCUUCGUCUGAUGCUGAAAGUGCCAUCGAGUUCGGUUUGGCAUUGAUUGAGCAUCCCGGAAUCGAUCUGUAUGCGCAAGAUGCUGAAAACGGGUGGACGGCUCUCCACAGAGCGCUCUACUUUGGCAAUGUUACUCUGGCGCGUGCCAUGAUCGAGAAGGACACAAGAAGUCCAAGCGGUCUGGAAGGUUCCGCUCAAAAAGUAGCCUCGUCCAUCAUCAAGGUCAAAGAUUUAGAAGGAAACAGUCCCUUUGAUGUGUACAAUGCCACCAUUGCAAGGCAGAGACCAAGUUAUGGAACCACAACUUAUAAUUCUGAUGACGAAUCUGAAGAUGAAGACGAGUCCGCGCUAGGGUCGAACGAUCAAGAGAGGCAGAUAAACGGUCCUCUCAAUGGAGAUGAGGUGUUUGCAUGGGGAAGCAGUAAGAAUUAUAACCUUGGCUUUGGCGAUGAGGACAAUCGGCAGUAUCCCGAAAAGGUCACGCUCAAACGACCUGACCAUCUCCUAUUUCGUUUCUAUCGAGAGUAUCUUGAAUCCAUCAAAGAUACAGACGAAGCGUUAUACAGCCUCAGUUCUAGAUCCAAUCCAAAGUUAGUAUCCGAUCUACCGACUUUGGUAGCCAACAGACCGAUCGUCAUCCAUGAUGUGACGCUAUCAAAGUUGCAUAGCGCUAUUUUGACCACUGAUCCCGAGAGUAACCUUUUCAUGUGUGGAUUCGGGCCUGGUGGGCGACUAGGAACUGGCGACGAGAUUACUCGCUUUUCUUAUGUUUGUAUCGAAAACGGUCUUGCUGGCAGGAAAAUAGUGCAAGUCGCGCUAGGUACUAAUCACACUCUUGCGAUAGAUUCUCAAGGAGAAAUAUUCUCAUGGGGCCAGAGUGGCCAGGGCGUUUUAGGAUAUUCUCUGCCCCGUACUGGUUUGAAAGAUGACGACCCAAUCAGUUCUACGCCACGUCAAAUAUUCGGUCCUCUAAAAAGAGAAAUGAUUAUUGGCGUCGCAGCGUCGGCUAUACACUCUGUAGCAUGCACAUCAACUUCUUUGUUUACAUGGGGCCGGAACGAGGGUCAACUUGGAUUGACCGACUCGGAUUCUCGGAGUUUGGAGAUUCAGAUCGUUCCUCGAAGGGUGGCUGCGUCGCUCUUCAAGUCACCAAUCGUCAUGGUUGCAGCCAUCAAUCGCGCUACAAUCGUUCUGCUCGAGAAUCAUGCUGUUUGUGUUUUCACCAAUUAUGGUUACAAGUUCCUGAAAUUCCCGCCCAGCGAUGUUUUUCGCAAUUACCACUUACAGACCAACUCUCUGAUGACUCGAUAUGAUUCGUCGGCAGACAACAUCAAGAGCAUUACCGCAGCAGGUGACACUAUAGCAGCAUUCUCUACGCAAAGCUUGUUCACUGUAAAUGUUGGCACUGUGGAUGCAAGCUCUGCAGCAAGCACAACUAAUCCAUCCAAGAUUAGAGACUCAUUGACCGCGCCACAGCGAGUUUGGUCUCUCCGGAAGGGUCACUGGGACGGUAUUAAAUCAGCUUCUGUAACGGAAAAUGGUUCAGUCAUUGUCUGUACUCAAGCUGGUGCGGUAUGGCGUCGUGUAACGCGUAGUAGUGCCAAGGAUGCUUUUGCUAAUGCCGGAACGUUUCACCAAAAAGAUUUCAAAUUCCAGCGAGUUCCUGGACUUACAAAUGUAGCCGCCGUGCGGAGUACGGCCUUUGGAGUAUAUGCUGCAAUUCGCAAAGACUGCGAUAUCACUCGAACACAGAUGACGAUUGAAGAACCCAAAUUGUGGGAUGACCUGAAUCCGAUACUUGCCUUGCACGACCUGGAAGCGUCAGAGAUUUUCGAAAAGGAGGACACUACCUCUCCGAGAUUUUGGACUCCGGUUUUGCCCAAGAGCCUGCUCGAGCUACUAAAACGUGCCGUUUUAACAUCUCCAGAUUUGGAGGCUGAUGUAAACCAGCAUCUUUUGGGUGUUACUGGGAACCACGAUGUCGAGAUUGGUACUACCACAUCUGAUGUCAGAAUCCCGGUUCAUGGCUUUAUGCUUGGGCGAAGCUCAGUCUUGCGCAAAGCUUUGAGUAUUUAUCGUCAGCAAGGGCAGGCUACGAUUCCCGACGUAUUGACGAUUUCAAACGGAUCACCCGGGGUUGGAGGAAAAGAACGAAUCAAUAUGAUUUUCCAUGGUCUUGACUUUAUCACGAUUCUGAACUUGGCAAUAUACCUCUACACUGAUCAGGUUGUGGACGUUUGGCAAUAUACCAGACACUAUCCAGACAUGGCCUUCAGAUUCAGACAAGUUCGUGUGGAGCUCAUGAAAACCGCUGCUCAUCUUAAGUUGACUCAACUUGAGGCUUCCGUGCGCCUGCAGACUUUUCCAAGACCCCUUCUGAACAAGGAUCUCGGUCUGGCUAUUCAAGACCCUACCUUCUUCGAAGAUGGUGAUCUUAUCAUUGAAUUAGAUGGAUCUGAGGUUCUUGUCCAUUCAGCUCUGCUUUGUCAAAGAUGCCCAUUUUUCGAUGGUCUGUUUAACGGCCGAGCAGGCGGGCAAUGGUUAGAUGGUCGACGUGAAGUUAGUUCAAGUGCUAUCCGAGUAGACUUGAAACACGUUGAGCCACCCGUUUUUGAACUCGUUCUUCGCUAUCUCUAUGCAGAUGUUGGUUCCGAACUUUUUGACGAUGUCAAUGUUGAUGAUCUCGACGAAUUCUCGGACCUUGUAAUGGCAGUUAUGGCUGUAGCCGAUGAACUUAUGAUUGAUCGUCUGUCGCAAGUUUGUCAGGAGGUCAUCGGUCGUUUCGUCAAUUCCAGAAAUGUAUGUCACCUACUUAACGCAGUUGCUCCUUGCUCUGUCACUGAGUUCAAGGAUAAAGCUUUGGAAUAUGUGUGCUUGCAACUCGAAUCAAUGCUUGAAAACCAUUUCCUCAACGACCUUGACGAGGAGCUUUUUGUAGAUCUUGAUAAUGUGGUGCGAGAGAAUCAAUCAGCGUGUCUUCCUUACGCCAAGAGUGGCCAUGCGGAUCGAGUGCUGUUUGACAUGUAUCCAUCGUUGGUGGAAGACAUUACCGAGGAACGACAACGCCGACUUCGUGAUAUGGCGUUUCGAGCGAACCUCAGAGCUGACGAUAGCAAGACCAUUUCCUCGGCGCGGAGUGCAAGGUUUGGAAGUGUUGAUGAUGCUUUGGCUGGCUCCCCUAGUCAGGAAAGGGCGCAAAGAAAGUUGAAGAGCCCCCGAAAUGAACCUUUCAGUCCAUCUAUCAAGGCCAAGGAAUUGACUUCCGACUUGAUGUUUGAUAUGGAAGAUGAUGAACUCUUGGCUCCUGGAAGCUACAAGCAACCGGUGUUCACAAGAGAAGCUGCGAUCGAUAGCCCGCGUACCAAUCCAGACAAACCCGAAACAAAAUCACCAGUUCUUGGCAGUCCGUCCUCAUUCAACCCGGAAAACUCACCUAACUUUGAUAGCCUACGAAAUACGAAAGCGAGAAAUUUGCCAACAAAGACUUGGUCUUCUCCGAUAUUACCAUCUGCAAAACUUGGGCUCAGUGAGAUCAUGGCGCAAGCAUCUUCGAGCAGGACUUCGAAUUUGUCAAUGAGUCUUUCGGUUCAGAAGACUCGAGAAGAGAAUACCAAGAAAGAAAAUUUAUCCAAGGUGUCUCAGAAGGAACGGAAGAGGCAGCAGCAAAAAGCACAACAAGAGGCUCUCACUCAGCCUGAAAUCAGGGUUGACAUGGCCGAUAACAAGUCUUCUUCUCCAUGGCAGGUUGCUGCCAGAGGUCCAAAGACGUCAUUGAAAGACGUUUUAGAUGUAGACCCAGCGACAAUGGCUUCUACAUCAAACUCAAAAUCCCUAGCGUCACCGGUGCCCUCCAGGCCAGUAAGAAGGACAGCCUCACCGGACACUCGCUUCUCAGGCCAGCAGAGAAGUAACAGCUCUGGCAACUCCAUCAAGAACUCACCCGUCGCCGGAUCCUCGCGUGCGCCGCCUAUCACAAAGGUCAAUUCCACCCCAAUCAUCCCACACUCCAAAUCCUAUCAGUCACCUACCGCCAAAGCCGAACCGACCUUGCAACUAUCGAUGUCGGAUAUCAUUGGCAUGCAAAGACGUGAGCAGGAGGUUAUCAAAGAAGCGGUGGCUAAGAGAAGUCUACAGGAGAUUCAAGAAGAACAGGCGUUUCAGGAGUGGUGGGAUUUGGAGUCUAAGAGGGCGCAGGAGUUGGAGGAGUCGAGAAGUAGACCGGCUGCGUCGGGUUCUGCGAGGGGAAAGGGUGGUGGAAGGGGAAAGAGUGGAGGGAGGGGGAGAGGCGGGAGGGGUGGGAAGGCGAGGGGGGGUGCGGUGGGUAAUACUGGUGCUGGGAGGGGGAGGGAGAAAUCGCAAGAGCCGCGUGCAUGA